AUGCAGCUCUCUCGCCUUCUUGCGCUCCUUGGAGCCGCAGGUAUCACCUUCGCCCUCCCCACCUCCAACCUUGACCAGGUCGAGGCGUCCUCUCAGGACUUAGACAAGCGCUUUUACUACACUCACUAUGUGGCCCCUGAGAAGCGUGACGAGGAUGCACUCGACAAGCGCUUCUUCUACACUACCUAUGCCCCUGAGAAGCGUGACGAGGAGGCCCUCGACAAGCGCUUCUUCUACACUACCUAUGCCCCUGAGAAGCGUGACGAGGAGGCCCUCGACAAGCGCUUCUACUACACUCACUAUGUGGCCCCCGAGAAGCGGGACGAGGAUGCCCUCGACAAGCGCUUCUACUACACUCACUAUGUGGCCCCCGAGAAGCGUGAUGCCGACGACCAGGCCCUCGACAAGCGCUUUACCUACUUGGCUUAUGCCCCUGAGAAGCGUGAAGCUGAUGAGGAGUCCCUUGACAAGCGCUUCUACUACACCUCCUACACUGCCCCUGAGAAGCGUGAUGGAGAAGCUGCCGACAAUGAAUCCUAACUUCAACAGUCUCCUUUUGGGUGAGGUAUACCCUCGCUUGUGGAGGAAACGGG